CCCGAAUCUGGAUAGCAGAAGUUGAAACUUCCUUCUUUUUUUUUUGGAUGAACGGAAACUGUUACAACCUAUUCAAGCUCAAUUUCCUGGAAACACCUAUUCUCUAAUGGCUUCUUCGAAGCUCCUCAGCCAAUCUCGGUGGAACCGUUUCCUUCGGGGAAACCUUUCCAAUGUCAGGCUCUUCUCUGAUUUAGCUUCGCAACACCCUGUUUCUGAACAUCACGACAAUGUUGACCGCAAAUCUAACAACAAGUUCAAUAAGGCUUCUUCAACUCCCUCUUCGUUGAAGGAACCUGAACUAGCCAAGUUCGCUGCCAUUGCCGAUACUUGGUGGGAUUCUGAAGGACCGUUUAAACCAUUGCAUAAAAUGAAUCCUACCAGGCUUGCUUUCAUCCGCUCUACUCUUUGUAGGCAUUUCUGAAAGGAUCCUCUCUCAGCUAGGCCCUUUGAAGGGUUAAGGAUUGCUGAUGUUGGUUGUGGUGGUGGUUUUCUCUCAGAGGUGUUUACGCAUGUCCUCAAUU